AUGCAAUGCAAAGUCCUCGACCUCGUCCAUCAAGCUGCUUGUUCAUUGGCUGUCACUGGACACCGGGUUAUUUUUCUUGUUGCCAACCGGCCAGAACCAGAAAUUUCACAGAAAUUUAGCACUGACCUCAUGGGGGAUAUCACUACCUAUUACACGCUCGGCAACUCUGAGGAUUCAAAGAACGACGUUCGCCUUUUUCUCCAGGGCGGGUUUCAAGAGAUUAGAAAAAUUCACCCUCUCAGAAACUCCAUACCACCGUCAUGGCCGCGGUUGGGCGACAUCGAUAAGCUUGUAAGGAAAGCAUCCGGGCAAUUCCUCUACGCCCACAUCGUGAUCGACUACGUCCGCAGUAUCCGCCAUCGCCCAAAUCACCGUCUUGCCAAAAUACUCGCCUUGUCCCCUGAGCAGGGCAAUAACCCGUUUGAAGAUUUGGAUGCGCUGUACACCCAUGUCUUCUCGUCUAUCGACAGCGUGGACUCUGUCUUAAGAGUUCUUGGCUUGAGCCUUAGCAGGUUCACCAGCAAAAACUUUACAUUCGGUGAUAUCGUGCGUGAUAGGCUCGGGCUCAACUUGGAGGACGUCCAGCUACUCUUUGGUGGCCUCACAUCUGUCAUCGAGAUCGCGCAUAUUCGGGAAGGGAAGCCAGAUGCAUGGGAGCUGACAGUACGACACGCCUCUCUAGCGGAGUUCCUCACGAAUCAGCGUCGGCCGAAGCAGUAUUUUCUUGAUGUCAACCUAAGCCGUGCGGAAUGGGUGUCCUGGUUAUUACGGAACGAUCUUGAAGACGGCUCUACUCUCUUCAAACUUGCCGACGCCCUCUCCGAACUGAGGUCUUGCAAAUCACAAGAACUCCACGACACAUUACGAGAUUGUCAUCUCGGUCUGCUACUGUCCAAAGCAUCUCUGCCAUCGUCAAAGACAGCUUCGGUUAAAUACAUCUAUGAUAUCAUUACAAUGAUCAAAGAAAUGUCAUUCGAAGACGCUGAGGCUUUGUAUAAAUUCCAAUUGAAAGUGUUCGAAACCCAGAUCCCAUUGAUCUUGGGACAAUUUUAUUGCCAACCUGCCUGUCUCCCACUGUUACUGAACAAUUUUACAACCGUAGAACCUGAGAGCCCUGCUCGUGCACUGUCCUACAUGGUAGGGGUGGAAGAGAAACGAAUAGAGAUCGAUCCUCUUGGCCUGUGGUGGCGCCCGGCAUGGAACUCCCAGCUCCAUGUAUUCCUCUCUACUUUCAUACGUGAUCCCAGCAGAUCGCUGCAAUACGCAGUCAACGGCUCGAAGCUGGCAGAAGCUGGGAUUGCCUUGAUUCAUUUCCUGUGCCACCCAACAACCCCGACAGACAUCCUCCGGGUGAUUCGCCAGUACACCAGAUCUCUGAAAUAUCGACCAUGGACAUCACGGGGAAUGCGACGCUCUCGAUUCAGGACGGCGCCUGGCAAGUGGUUCAUACACCGUUGCUGCGACCUGUGUGGAGAAGCACAUACACCAGUAUCAAGUUGCCCACAUCGAGACGAGAAUGAGUCCAAUAUAGCAACUCUCGCCUACCGUGCAUCUCCUCGUUCCCCUUUGAUAGUUCUCCAUCGCAAGCCCAAACUGCUUGGUUACCGAUUCGCUCUGGCUUUCCUCCCGGACAUGCUUGCGGAAGCAUCCCGAUCCAGCGAGCUCAUCCAGUACUGCAAGAAACACGCAUUCCAUCCAACAUCCAUCCUCUUCCCUCGCAAAUCGAAGCCUGCACGAAGGGCAAUAUCCAACUAUCUCAACCGGAUGGACGCCGAAGAACGGGGAUGGUGGCUCGACUGA